GUCGGGUCUAAUGUGAGAAUGAAACAUGUUCAACCAAGCUUAUAAAUUUAUGAUGCUAAAAAAUUAAUAUUGGGCGAGCAUAGUCUCAUCCAAAAGAAAAACCUCUUGCAUGCAGAGAAAAAAAAUCAUUUUUUAAAUCAUUUUUUUAAAUUUUUUAAUACAACAAGCUAAGUAGAGUUUUUUAGAUAUGGAUUUGGAAGGUGAGAGGUCCACCGCCUUUGGUGAGCGAAAUCACAGUCUCCGAAUUCUUCGAAGGAAUUUCAACUCUCACUUUAUACGUUCCAAGGAAGCCGGAGAAGUUAAAAGAACCACCGCUGUCCGUAACACCGGUGACCGUGCCGGUAUGCCACUCUCCGAGGAGCUUAUCGACGACGUCUCCGGCGAGCGUGUUAUUGAAGUCUCCGUCGGUGAGGCACAUUUGCCAGCACGACCCGGCGGUGCUCAUCGCCGCCCAGAGUACGAUUCCGUCCACGGCGGGAUGCGAGAACAGUUCCCUCAAAACCAUCUCCAGAUGCACCGCCUGUUUCUCCGGGCCGAAUUUCCCGCUCGUAUCGGCUUCGGUGAUCCAAAUCGGGACCCCUAGGGUUGCGAAUUUGUCGAGAACGGAUCUGGUGUAAACCGGAUUCGGCGAAUUGAAGAAAUGCCCUUCCAAUCCCAUCCCGAGAUUCCGGAUCCCGCUCCGCCGGAACUCGGCGAUCUUCGCGACGUACGCGUCGACGUUGCUCCGGGAGCCGCAGGACUCGACGACCUUGAAAUCG